AUGGUUCUUGGUGGUCGAGUAAGACUUAUAUUUUCAGGCUCUGCACCCUUGAGUACCGAAGUGAAAGAGUUUCUUAAAGUAGUAUUUUGCUGCGACGUACUGGAAGGCUAUGGACUGAGCGAAACGGCGGCAGCUGCGACCGUUGGCUCUGCUGAUAUGCCGUUGGGAAAUCAUGUUGGUACGCCUCUCAUGCAUGGACAGGUGCAAUUGGAGGACGUGCCGGAAAUGGGCUACACUAGUCGCGAUAAACCUCGUCCACGUGGUGAGAUCUGUUUGAAAAGUCCGACGGUCUUUGCUGGGUACUAUAAAGAGCCGGCGAAAACUUGCGAGGUGUUCGAUGAACGUGGAUGGUUUCAUACUGGUGACAUUGGCUGUUGGAAUGCCGAUGGGACUUUGGGUAUCAUUGACCGCAAGAAGAACUUUUUUAAGCUAUCACAAGGCGAGUACGUAGCGGUUGAAAAGAUCGAGAAUAUCUACUCUAGAAGCAAAUACGUGGCACAGCUAUUUGCUUACGGGGAUUCAUUGCAGAGCUUUUUAGUUGGCAUACUGGUACCGGAUCCUGAAGUGGCAGAAGCUUGGGCUAAUGAGCGUAAUUUAAGUGGAUCAGAUGCGUCGAGUGCCAAGGUGAUCAACAACCCGGAAUUUCAAAAGGCUGUUCUUGUGGACAUGGCUCGAGUUGCUAAGCAAGCAAACCUGCGGGGUUUCGAGUUAGUUAAAAAGGUGCACUUCCACCAUGACCCAUUUUCUUUGGAGCAAGGUCUAAUCACGCCUACUUUCAAGCUCAAACGCCCGCAACUCAAGGCCUUCUUUGAGCAGCAGAUCGCCGAGCUCUAUAAGAAAUGA